AUGCUUCGUGCAGCCUCUGCACUAGUCUUGUGCCUCGUGGCGGAGUGCCUGGCGUUACCCAGCGGAAGCAGGCACUGGCGCACAGCUCAUGACCGAGUAGUCGGUGGCAGUGAUGCCAACAUUUCCGACUACCCCUACUCGCUGCAGCUGAUGGUCAGCGGUGAAUUCUACUGCUGUGCGUCAGUCAUCGGUGCAAACUGGGUGCUGACGGCUGGACACUGUCUCGAAGGCGUCACAACCGACAUACUGAGCUUUCGGGCUGGUACUUCCACACGAGACACCGGCGGCACAGUCCAUGAAGCUCUCACUGCUAUCGCACAUGAGCAGUACAAUACCUACACUCUGGACUACGACAUUGGAGUCGUGCAGAUCUCUGGGUCAUUUCCAUUGGGAGAUAACGUCCAGACAAUCGGCCUGCCUGCUGCAGACUACGACCCACCAGGGGGUCUUGCUGCCACACUGACCGGUUGGGGCGUGCUUAUAACCAACGGUCCUCUACCAGACGUGCUGCAGAAAGUCGACGUCAACGUCAUCGACAGGAGACGUGCCAGAGCAUCAUCAACUCGAUAA